AUGGAUUCGAACGUUCAGAGCCAGCAUCAGAACCAGCAAGGAGUGCCACUACAAGGGCAGGACCUGGGCCAGGGCCAGCGCCAAGGCCCCGGUCCUGGUCUGUAUGCCAAUGCUGCUGGCAGCGUUGGCAUGAACGGUGCUCAGGAGGCAUCGAGCGAGCCAACAGAGGAGGAGCAAGUUCAAUACAAGAUACAGUUGCUGCUGCACAUAAACAGCAUUCUGCUGGCCAGGGUUAUUCAGAUGACACAGAACAAGAAUGCGGAGACUGGAGGGACUGCUUCGCUGCCGGACAAUUUAAAAUUGCUGGCAUCGCAAUACCUGAAACGGGUCCACGCAAACCUGCAAUGCAUUUCGCAGGUCAACCAGGGCAUCAAGAAGGCGAAACCGAUCAUUUUGGAACCGCCCCAGCCUCUGGUGCAGCAACCAGCCCAAGAUAUUCUGGUGAAAUUGUAUCUUUUGAUGAGCCGAGUUUUUGAAAUUUGGUAG